GCCUUCGGCGAGGUGGAGUCUGAGUCUCAGUCCGUUAGACCGAGGCAAACUUCACCGUCACUUCUGUAAAAGUGCACUUCGCUACGGUAAAUAAAGUUUUACAUCACGAACACACACACGUAACUGUUCUUAAGGCGCCAGGGUACACGAAGCGCGGCUCACUGGUCCGAGAAGUGGCGAAGAGUGGAGCGCGGCAGUCCGGCUAGCGGCGGGGGUGAGCUAACUGGCUAAACCACUCCUCAGGUUCUGUGGAAACUGUUGCACUUUUCAUCUGGAAUUCAAAUGCUUUUUAGUAACUGUUGUACAUAUUAGCACUGUUCUAGCUGUAAUCUGAAGAACUUGUAAUCGAUACACAAUAGAUUGCGCCAACGUUAGACCCGUCAUGUCCUUGGCAUUGAAGCAAGUCUUCAACAAGGAUAGGACGUUCCGGCCGAAGCGAAAGUUCGAGCCGGGCACACAGCGCUUUGAGCUGCACAAGAAGGCGCAGGCCUCACUCAACGCAGGCCUGGACCUGAAGCAGGCUGUGCAGCUGCCACAUGGUGAGAACCUGCACGACUGGGUAGCCGUGCAUGUGGUGGACUUCUUCAACCGCAUCAACCUCAUCUAUGGCACCAUCAGCGAUUCCUGCACAGACCAGUCUUGUCCCAUCAUGUCUGGUGGACCCAAGUACGAAUACCGCUGGCAGGAUGAACACCGGUACAAGAAGCCCACCGCUGUCUCGGCGCCCAAGUACAUGAGCCUGCUGAUGGACUGGAUAGAAGUGCAGAUCAACAAUGAGGACAUCUUCCCCACCAAUGUUGGUACGCCCUUUCCAAAGACCUUCAUGCAGGUGGCAAAGAAGAUCCUUUCCCGCCUGUUCCGCGUCUUUGUCCAUGUCUACAUCCACCACUUUGACCGUGUGAGCCAGAUGGGUGCCGAGGCACACGUCAACACCUGCUACAAGCACUUCUACUACUUUGUCACGGAGUUUAGCCUCAUUGACCAGAAGGAGCUGGACCCAUUGAAAGAGAUGACUUUGCGGAUGUGCCACUGAGGAGGAGGAUGGGAGGGUCUUCCGCACCUAAUGACCACACAUUCCACUGCAGACCAACGGGAUAGACCACAAGGCCACUAAGAGCAGUUGGCACCUGAGAGUCUAUUUUUCUAAACUUAUAUUUCCUUAACGAAUAGAUUGAAAUUUUAUUAAACUCAGCUUAUUUGCUGGGUAAGCAGAGGUUUUAAGACUGAAGUUUUAAGCUGUUUUGUUUUAAGAGAAACAUUUUUUUAAUUCAGACUUGAUUCAUAGCAUAUAAAUGAUUAAGUACGUACUGUUUAAACUUUAAGAUAUUAUGGAUAUUAACUCAUCUGUAACCAUGUGGAGUCUGUCUUUAGUGGACCCUGGUUUUGUACCCAAAGGGAUAGAAGGAAGGCAGUUGAAUCAUGUUUGUUUGAUGGUUUUUUUUUUUUUUAAUAUAAACAAGGAAGGCUGCUCUUAAGCAUGACUUUGCUGUUACUUUGCAGUUAAUAUCAGCAGUAACAUGGCGAUUAUUUGUCUGCCACUUAAAUGAUUCGAUUUAUUGAAAGCAAAAUGCUAUGAAUAAUUAUUGACUGAUCAGUAUGGUUGUAUUGAGCAGGGGCAUGAAAACAAUGGAAGUUCAGUCUGUAGGCCACAGAGUUGCUCUUUACAGUAGCCUACAUGUUUAACGGUAGGAUGUGGUCAGUAAAACAUAAUAAUUAACCAAAGACGCUUUCACAGAUCUGUUCAGUUGAUUGUUAAAUGGUUGAACUGAGUAUUUCCAGCCCUAAUUGUUGACUUGCAUGUAUUCAUGUGUCCUUUUAUUAGUCUCAGAUGAAAGGUACUGAAUUUUACUGGGCCCUGACUUGUUCUACAUGUUUUCGUACUGCUCCGGUUGCUUUUUGAGUCGAAAGGUCAAGUACUUCCAUUCCGUGAUACAUAAUUUCAGUGUAUGUUCAAGUUUUAAAUGGCACUUGUUCUUUCUCCCUCGCCAUUUGUCUGUUUUCCUUUAUCUGAAUAAAUCUAUUUUAUA